CAACGCCCCGUGAAGCAGUCCCUGAGCGCCUGUAUGUGCCGUGAGUCCCACUGGAAAUGCCUCCUCCUCUCCAUCCUCAUGUAUGGCUGCCUGGGGGCAGUGGCCUGGUGUCAGCUGGCCAGGGUCACCAAGCUCAGCUUUGAUAGCUCCUUCAAGGGCAAGUCCAUGAUCUACCAUGACAGCCCGUGCUCGGAUGGCUACGUCUAUAUCCCGCUGGCUUUCCUCUCCAUGCUGUACGUGGUGUACCUGGUGGAGUGCUGGCACUGCCACGUCAAGAGAGAGCUGCAGUACAAGGCGGACGUGGACAGUGUCUAUGAAUGUAUCAACCGCAUGCAGCAAGCCACUCCGUGCAUCUGGUGGAAGGCCAUCAGCUAUCACUUUGUGCGGCGAACUCGGCAGGUGACCCGAUACCGCAACGGCGAUGCCUACACCACCACGCAAGUCUACCACGAGAGGGUCAACACCCAUGUGGCUGAAGCUGAGUUUGACUACUCUCACUGUGGAUACAAAGACAUCUCCAAGGAGCUCCUAGGCCUGGAGAGCUACACAGCCACCAAGCUGAGGUUCACCAAGUGCUUCAGCUUUGCCAACAUCGAGUCUGAGAACUCUUACCUGACUCAGAGGGCUCACUUCUUCACCGAGAUCGAGGGGCUGGAUGACUACAUGGAGGUGAGGGAAGGCAUGCAGCUCAAAAAUGUGGACUUUAAAGAGCUGAUGAUGGCCUAUGGGGACCCAGAUCACCUCCCGUGGUAUGUGUCCCAUUAUGCUUUCUGGGUGGCAGCUAUCCUGAUGAUCUCGUGGCCGCUCAGGGUGCUGAUAGAGUACCGGACUGCUUACGUCCACUACCAUGUGGAGAAGCUGCUGGGCCUGGAGUAUACAGCCCCCACCGUGGCUGAGGAGCCCUUGUACCGGUACCGCAUGCCCCGAGACGCCACACAGGACAGCACCGAGCUGGAGUGGCACAUCUGAUCCAACCAGCAGCUGGUGCCCAGCUACUCGGAAGCCGGCCCGAUGGACUUGGUGGGACUCUCUGGCUGCACCAGCUACUCUGCUUGCCGUCUGGGGGGGAGCCGCAGCAGCAGCAUCGCUGACCGGGGCUGCCAGGAUGAGCAGUGCUGCUCCUACUCCAGCCAGCUGGCGGUCAAUGAGAACCCCCCCACCUACCACGAUGCCCGCUUCUUCCCCGUCCUGAUCGUGCACAGGCCAGAGGGGCACGACGGGCGGCAUUUCUACGUCAGGCGCUCUUCCUGUCUAGAAACCUCUCUGUGA